AUGUCAAUUUCGCUGAAAACCGACGAUAAAUCGAUUCUUUCUGUGCUCCUUUAUCAAUUUCUAAGUGAAAAAUCUGCAUAUUCAUCGUUCAAAGAAUUCAAUAAAGUCGUCAAAGACAAUUUUAUCAGUCGGGAUGAUUUCAAAUUUUGGUUCGACAGAUUUUCAAGCGGAAAACUCGACGAAGAAGAAGAUGAUUUAUCGAUUUCCGAUUUGAAAAGUAUACUGUCCGAUGACAAGCACCGCCUCAGAGCGUGCAUUUUCUUCGAAACACUCAAAGAAAAAAGGAGCAUCGAAAAAUCCAACGACAAGAAAGUCACCGAUGCUUAUAACAGACUGUCCAAAGUGAUCGAUAUCGAUUUUUCGGAAUUCUCUUCCUGGUUCAAUCGAUUUAUCGGAGGAAAUCUCAAAUUGAAAGACUGCAAAUUCUCGGAUUUACCACUGGAAAUUGUCGAGCAAGUCGUCGAAAAUUUGGAUUAUUUCGGAAGGAGUGCCUUUCGAAAAGUUUCCAAAAUUAUGCGAAGUAUUGUGGACGAUGCAAAGGUGAAUGUCGAUUUUUUGAGAAUUAAAAUUGCCGAAACAAGUACUGCGAUCGGUUUUGACUCUAUAAGGCCUAUUCGCUACUACCAACUAUUUGGUCGAUGUUAUAUGAGUCGUGGAUUCGGAGAAAAGGAGCUGAAAGAUCAAAAUCACUGGGAAUUGGCUGUAAACGAGUUGAAAAUCAUUCUAAAUCACAAAAAAUUCACCAUUGACACUUUGAAAAUUCAGUUCGCUUGUUUUUCGCAUUUCAAUCGAUUCGGAAGAAUUUUAAAGUCCCUCGAUGACAAAUUGCAUGUCAGACACCUAUUUCUGAGCUCAGAUCUUGUGCAUCCACUAGAGAAUAUUCUUCCAUUCUUGAAACCGGAAAUUCUGGAGACUAUCAGCGUGAAUUCCUACUUCUUUUGUGCGGAUUUAAUGAAGAGAUUGAUGGGAAUGGAUCAAUGGAAGAAUGCGAGAAAUUUGGAGAUUUAUGGAAUCCUAUGUAAUUUCGGAUCUACUGAGAACGUUUUACAUUUUGAAAAUAUCACUUUGCAUGUGCUCACAAUGGUUAAUAAUGAGGAAUUGGCUCAAAUCAAAAAGAUUCUCCUCGAAUCUUCUCAAAUCGAAACCUUCUGCAUUGAUGUCUCAAUUCGAGGAAAAAUCGAUUGGAAUGUGAUCGAAGGAGGUCUGGGACCAAUAAUUCCUGGAAUCGAUGGAAUUCGCCGUCUUGUCAGCCGUAAUAAGCAGCAAUUUUAUGAGAUCGAAGAGGAGGAGAAAUCCGUGAAAUUCGUCCGCAAAACUUAUUAUUAA